GCUAAGUUUCAGAGGCCACGCAAGCAACAGCAGCGCGCACGUUUGACAUCAACAUGGCGGACGAAGAGGAAGGCAAAGGAUACCGGUGGGAGACUGAAUAUGAGAGAACUUGGGAAGCCAUUCAGGAAGAUGAAUCGGGCCUGCUUCAGCCCAGUGUGCUGGACUUUGUCCACAGGGCCAAGCGCAAACAGAUGCUGGCCAAGAAAAAUGUUCGACUCGGGAUGAUGAGACACUUGUACAUUGUUGUUGACUUCUCCGAAUCCAUGUCCGAACCGGAUCUGAAGCCUACACGCCUCAUCUGCACACUGAAGAUGCUAGAGCUGUUUGUGGAGGAGUUCUUUGACCAAAAUCCCAUCAGCAACGUUGGCGUUAUUUCCACGUGUAACAAGAGGGCACAGAAGCUUUGCGAAUUGGCAGGAAAUGCGGGGAAGGUGGUAGAGGCAUUGCAGUCUUCCAAGACACAGGUUCCUUCGGGCGAACCCUCCCUGCAGAAUUCUCUCGAGCUUGCUGCUGAAGUCUUACGCCACUUACCUGUGCACACCAGUCGGGAAGUGUUGGUAAUCAUGGGAAGCCUGACCACUUGCGAUCCUGGCAACAUCCACACGACUAUUGAGACCAUGCGCAAGUGCAACAUUCGUUGCAGUGUUGUUGGCUUGGCGGCUGAAGUUCACGUGUGCUGCAAGCUUACCAAAACCACCGGAGGCAUGUACAAUGUUAUUUUGGACGAGAACCAUUUCAAGGACAUUCUUUUCCAGCACGCCAUCCCUCCACCAGUCACGGGCAACGCAGAGUCGUCACUGAUCAGAAUGGGAUUUCCUUACCACCGGACAGAAACUGAGGGCAAACCGUCUCUUUGUUUCUGUCACCUGGACAGCCAAAAUCCUUCGGAUGGACUGAGCAAAGGCGGCUAUUUCUGUCCACAGUGUAAUGGAAAGUACUGCUCCCUGCCUGUGGAGUGCAAAGUGUGCGGCUUGACCUUGGUGUCAGCGCCACACCUCGCACGGUCCUACCACCACCUCUUUGCCCUGGAGCCCUUUGAAGAGGUGCCCCGUGACUCUUUACCUGCAGACACGCCAGUAAUCUGCUUCUCCUGUCAGUUGUCCAUAUCAGACAAACACGUAUACCGGUGUGUGAAGUGCAAGGAGGACUUCUGCCUAGAGUGCGACCUCUUCAUUCACGACUCCCUCCACACGUGCCCUGGGUGCGCAAGCAGGUUGCCACCACCUGAGGCACCCUCCUGACACUGAAUGAAGCUUCACAAAUGAAAAAGCACAUUUGAAUUCAUCCCUCGCCGACAUUUGCGACACAUGAACCACCCGGCUUCUUGCCAGAAACUGCCUAGCAGAGCUGCCGGUCGCCGAUGUAUAGUUCCGAUCAUCAGCUGCAUCUGCUUCAAGCCGAGGCCCACAGCCAAGGACAAGCAGUAGUGCACUGUUUUUUUUUUGUUACGGUCAUAUUGACACCGAUGGAUGCCAUUAAAACCUGAUUUUGCUUGC